AUGACAGAAGUGAUGAACACCCUGUGAUCGACGGUGGGAGUCACCGUCGGAGGUUCCCCAGCAGACGAGGGUAUAUCCUUUCAGAUCUUUCCGGACUCCCACGAGCGGUUCCCCAAGCUGUCGAAGCGGCUUCCGUCCAUCGUGGUGGAGCCCUCCGAGAGUGGGGAGGUGGAGAGUGGCGAGCUCCGCUGGCCCCCUGAUGACCUCAGUUCCCCUGACGACGACUCCGGAGAGGUUGAGGCCCAGGCAGUAGGCGGGGAUCAUCCCGAAGACGAAGAGCAAGUUGACAGAAUGAUGGGAGGAGUUUAAAACUGACUGUCGCAGUGCUGGCACCAUUCCAGCCAUUCACAGUGAGUUUCUCUAUGAUGGACAGCAGCAAGGAGGAGGGAGGGUCUUCAGGCUAAGCCCUUAAUUAAUAGAACCGCCAACACGUUGGUAGACCUCCACACCACUUGGUGGGGCCGAGUCCUGCACGAUUGUCUUAAAUAGCUCUUACGUGCCAAACCUUAGUGGGUAGCUUGCUACUGUAAAUCAAUUGUUGCUUGUUUUACUUUAUGUUUCACAAUGCCAUUUUUAAGAACACCCCUUUCAGAGUUUAUCUGUGAUCUUAAGAUAUUGGAAUCAAAGACAGGAACACCUCUGUAUAUAAAAUGUUAAUGUAUCUGGCUAUCUUAGACCAAAGUCUAGAACACUGUACUCGUAUGAAAACUGUAUGUACACUGUAGAUAUACAGAUUUACACAGUGAGUUUAGAAGAGGAGAAUUCAUCCUUGUAUAGCUGUCAGUUUCUGCUCAAAUGCAUGUUAUUAUCUAUUAGUCCUUAUUACAGUUUUGUUUUCCUUUCAAACAACAGGAUUUGAAGCAUCAUUGUAUUACAAAGCACAUGUAUUUGAAAAAACAUAAWUUUCACAUAACUGUUUUAUUAUUUAAAAUUUUGCCCAAUUUCAUAGCGUGUCUGGGAUUGUUUUUGUUCAUUAAACUUAUAAACG